GUGGAGCUGGGCAGUUUCGGGGAGCUGGUCUCCUUGUGCUUCUUGGUCUAUACUCGCCCGCAAAUUAAAGGGGAGGGGUGAACAGCAGGAAAGAGUGAGUAACCAACUGAAGCCCUCCAUCUGGGAAUUCCUGAUGGGGAUUGGAUCAGAGUGAUUCCCCUCCCUCGGAAGCAGGAGACACAAACCAAUCUCUCCUUGACAUGGAGGUGAAGGGGCAGCUGAUCAGCUCAUCCAGCUACAGCUCUUCAGAGGCCUUGCAGCGGGAACUCUGUCCCCGAAUUCGACUGGAGCGGGUACAAGAGCUGCUGGAGAAGCAGCGGGAACUUCAGCAGGUGCUCAGCCUGCGCCUUAAGGAGUUGCGCCGUGUUUGCCUGCAGGAAGCUGAACUGACAGGAAAGUUGCCUCCAGAAUACCCGCUGGAACCGGGUGAAAGACCCCAACCUGUGCGAAGGAGGCCAGCGGUUGCCUACCGAAAUCCCCCUGCCCUAAAGAAUGAGGAAGCACCUUCAUUGGAGGAGCUGACCCGUGAGCUGGCACUGCAGCAGCAAGUGGCUGAGGCUGCCCGGCGCCUCGCAGUCGCCCCAGACUUAACAGCUGAACAGCGUCGUCGCCGGAGACAGGUCCAAGCAGACGCUGCCCAGCGCCUUUGGGAGCUUGAGGCACAGGUGGCAGAAUGCCGAGUGCGGAUAGGCAAAGGACCCCUCCAGAGGGGAAACCAUGAAGAGGCUUUUCAUUCAGAAAACAGUUCCCUCUCAGAAUCAGCCAGCCACGAAAAUGACGACACCCACAGCUUCCAUCCCUCCAAGGUCUCCAACCACCAGGGGACUUUCUUUGACCGCCCCUCUCCCCCUAAGGCCCGAGAUCACCUACGUGCCAUAUCCAGCAGCCCCGACCGCCGACUAGGAUGGCGGCUUUUACAGCCAGAUCUGUACAGCGAAGCCAAGGACCGUAGGAAUUCUGUUGCCAGCCCUACCAGCCCCAGCCGCACCCUCCCCAGGAGUGUGUCCAGCUUUGAGGGCAGGAGUGUCCCAGCUACCCCAGUGCUAGCAAGAAAUGCUUGCAGUGGCAGCCAUCAGUUCAGGUCAGAGGCCCCAGCUCUCCACCCCCGGCAAUGGUCAGGCAGCCAUGAUUCCCAGCUUGGGCCCCCCAGCCGCGACACCAGUGCUGACCGGGCCUCUCUCUUUGCUGCUCGAACCCGUCGUAGUAACAGCUCUGAGGCCUUGAUUGAGCGGGCCCCUACGGAGGACCCUAUCUUCCCCUCCGGCCCACCUUUUAAAAGUGCAGAGGCCCUGAACCCUUCCAUCUCAGGCCACACUCCUCGCCCACCUUACAAUGAUCUUCUGAUGGACUAUUACCUGGAGCGCAGGUGCUGGGGUGGUGGCGGUGAGCAUCUGUCACGGAGGGAUAGGCCUCCCCAGCUGGAGUGGGGAGCCUUUCCCAAGAGCCCGCUGCAGCGCCGAGCCAGGCCAGCAGCCCGCACUAAAUCAUGUGGCCCGCUGUUGCCCCCCCAGUCCCAGGAGGUUGGUUAUGGACCCCCAUUGCCCCCUCAUCGUAACUUCCACAAAGCCCUGGCUCAGGAGGGACUCAGGGAUUGGUACUUGCGCAACGCUGGAGUUGCCCAGCGGGGGGCACCAGAGAGACGGGGACCAGCUCAGUCUGUACACCAGCAGCUGCGUAGCUACUACGAGCCAGCGCCCUGCAACCCUGAGACAGCCUACUACGGAGGUCCAGGAGGGCUGCCCCACUCAGUGAGCUAUGCUGGGCAGCCGCUGUAUGGCAGACCCUUUGGGGAACUAAUUUUCAUGGAUGACUCUGCUGGCCUCUACAGCUUGGACUCCACCGAGCAGCCAUCCCCGGGGACAUUGGUCUGACUCCCCUGCUUUUUCCCCCAAGGGGAAAUGGAGUUUGGUUCUUUUUUUUCCCUUCGCUGGUGCCUCUUUUGUGUGUGUGUGUCUGUGUGUGUGUUACACCAUGUUGGGGGUGGGACUCCCUGCUGGCAGGGUAUCUGUAUAUCUAUAUAUCUGUGUGUGUAAGAGAGAGAGAGAGAAAUUGAGAGAGUGAAGUUGGAUUGUUGCAUGUCACGCUGGACACACCACUGGGGAGCAGGAAAGUGCCCCCAGUUCCUACAUCUUGUUAAACCUUUCCCCAUUGGAGUUUUUUGGGGGAUAUGCAUUUACUGAGCAAUCUUGCCUGGGGAAAGGAUUUUAUUGCUGCAACUUGCACCCUCUUGUGAUCACUAGGGAGUGGUGCAACAUGACUUGCCCUGGUGCUGUGGGUUUGGGUGUGGUAUUUUGAACCCAGGACCCUGGAAUGUAUAAUUUGAGGGGUGUGUAUGUGUCCGUGUGUGCUUCUUGUGAAAUGUUAAACAGCACAGACCUACCAUCUUGCUACUGAACAUCAGUUCUGUUAAAAACAAAAAAGAAAAUAGCCAUCUCACACAUCACCAAUAGGCAACUUCUGCUCACCCUAAAUUUACUGCCCUUUUUACGCCUACCCUCACUUUUGCAUGGCUCUGACAAGGGACAGAACAACAUUGGAGAGAGAGAAUAAUGAGAGAGACUCCAAAUACUGGAAGUGAACUAAUAUAUAGCCCAACCUCUUCCCAGCAGGUGAAACGUACUCCUGGGAUGGAUGUUGUAGGUACAGAGUUUCAACUCAACUAAUUCAAGGGUGGGAAACGUAUAUCCCCCCCCCCGUUGUUGGCUUACAGCUCCCAUCAUCCAUGACCAUUGCCUAUGUUGGCCGGGGCUCAUGGGAGCUGGAGUCUGACGCUUGGACGGCUUUAAAAGAAGAUUAGACAAAUUCAUGGAGGACAGGGCUAUCAACGGCUACUAGCCGUGAUGGCUGUGCUGUGCCACCCUAGUCAGAGGCAGCAUGCUUCUGAAAACCAGUUGCCGGAAGCCUCAGGAGGGGAGAGUGUUCUGCACUCGGGUCCUGCUUGCGGGCUUCCCCCAGGCACCUGGCUGGCCACUGUGAGAACAGGAUGCUGGACUAGAUGGGCCACUGGCCUGAUCCAGCAGGCUCUUCUUAUGUUCUUAUGUUCUUAACCUCUUGGAGGGCCACAGGCUUCCCACCCCUGAAUUAAAUGAUAAUGUAGAAGGUGAAAGGGUCAAAAGCUACUCCCUGAAACAGCAGUCUGUUAGAGCAGUUCCACCUAUUAAACCAGCUAUGGGAACCCCUGGUGUUUCUGCUGCAGCUGUGUCUGUGUGUCUCUUAUCAGUGGGUAAGUGUGGUUUCCACAGCAAAUAAGACAUGUGGGCUUCCCACCUACAAUAGCCACAUUUUCCGUGUUGAGGAGAGAAUGACAAUAUAACACAAGUGUUUACCAUAGCAGUCAUAAUGGGCAGAGCUGCCUUUCUUCCCACAUCUAAAAAGCACUGCCACAGAACCCCUUCACGCACUCCUUUGAGCCAUUUUAUCAUCCCCCUUCCUCUACACAUACUCUCCCCCCUUGCCUCACAGUUUUAUGAAGUAAUCCCCCUUUCCAUUAAAAAUUACAAAAACAGAUUUGUGAUGCGUUUUCCUCCUGUCACAACUGCACAAGAAAUAGUCACUUUGUUUAAUCUGUUUUUGCCCGUUGAAUCCAGAUCAUAUUUGGGGAGUGGGGGGAGGGGGGGAGAAGGGAAAAAGAAGGGCUCAGCCCUUCUCCCCCCCUUUCCUUCCUAUGUGAAGGACCAAGGUUCACAGCAGAGUCACUGUCUUGUGUGUCUUUUCAAUAUACACUGUACAGAUUGUCUAUGGGGGCCUGAAUGUAACACUGAGCACUGUGCAUAUGAAAUGAGAAAGGGUUUCUAUAAUAAAGGUUGUAAAGGUGAACGAGGCUGUGCGGUGUGUGCCUGAUAGCUUUAGGACACUAUCAGGGAUUGCUGUAGCUGAGGUCUUUGUGUUUUUGGUGUAAGCAGCAUGGUGUAGGGGGAGAGAGUAGGAAUGGGGAAUCUGUGGCCCUCCAGAUGUUGUUGGACUAUGGCUCCCAUCAUCUCUGACAGUUGGCUACGGUGGUUGGGGCUGAUGGGGAGUUGGAGCCUAACUAUAUCUGGAGUCCAAACAGGUUUCCUCUUCCUGGGUUAGAGAAUACUGACUAGGGAGACCCAAGUUCAUAUCCCUCUGUUAGGAAGUAAGACGGGGGCAUUUAAAUGCACAGCAGGAUGGAGGCCCAAACAAGAACUCUCUGUUAAGCAGUGAGAGGCUCCUGCAGAAGCAGCAUGGAAUAGCCAUUCAAACGUGACUAUAAGAGAGAUGCAUACCUCCUCUUACAGUAUGAGCAGAAGCAAAGAAAGUUACAAUGAGGGUCAAGGAACUGAAGAGUUGUUUGGUUCCUGUGUAAGGUAUGGUUUUGAGGGUUGGCCUAGGGCUGGAGAGGCAUAGGUUCAAAUCCCAGUUCAGCUAUGAAGCGCACUGGAUGCUCUUGGACCAGUCACUUCCUCUUAGUGUAACUUACUUCAGGUGUGAAUAAAAUGAGAUGAUGGAAGGGGAUGAAUCAUGUACGCCUUCCUUAAAAUCUUGGAGGAACGGGUGGGAUAAAAAUGUAAUAACCUACCUCUCCCCCCUCCCUGAAUGGGGUGUGUACUUACUUCACCCUCGCUCCCAAACACCAUCUUGUUUUGGGGUCACUUCUUAAUUUCUUCCAAAAAAAUUUUUGUAGCACAAGCCUCUGGUCUGGGAACCCUUUCUUUGUAUUUGCUG